AUGUCGAUAGCAGCUGUUGCGAAAACGUGGUCAGAUUUUAAGCAGAGAAAAGUGAACGAUAUUUGGACAAUACUGCUUUCCAGGGUGUUCACGGAACCUAACGUAUUCUACGCAUCGUCAACGCUUGUUUUUACACUUCUGUUCUUACUCAUAUUCGCAUAUUAUAAGCUUCGUGGUCUGGCAAAGGAUUACCACAACAUUGUGAUGAUCAAAAGGAAUUUGGAGGCCAUUGCGAAGAGCCGCUUGAAGCGCUAUCUUCUGCAAUCGGCACAGUUCUACUAUUAA